GGCCAUCUUGGGACAGAGCUACUUAUAUUGAAUGCCAAUAUACUGUAUACUGUACUUUUAAAUUAGAACAAAACAUACAGUCUGAACAGACACCUAUGUCGAUUAUAGCGUUUGACCGAAAAAGUGUGGGGCAUAAAUUUUUAAUGAGACUUUUUUUAAAUGCUAAUCAGUAAGUUAAAAAAAUGAACCGGAAGAGUUUGCUUUCAAUAUUUAUUUUUGUGAACUAGAGGAACGGGUCCUUCUGGAAGAGGCUUGCCUCUUUCACCCUGAAGAUGGAACCGUGUCACGGGGUUAUGAAAGCUUUCCCCAAAGUUAAAAGGGCCCGAAUUUCUCAAGAAAAAGAUUAUCCUCCUUUAAAGAAGAAAUCUGAUGAAUUUGAUGUCACAGGACAUAUCUUUAAUGGUACCUCGGUGUACAUCCUGCCUGCAGGAAUAGGAAAUGCAAGAUGUCAAAUCUUUCAAAGACAAAUUCAACAAAACGGAGGCCAGACAGAAAGGUCGCUCUGUGCUGGUGUCACUCAUGUUGUUGUUGAUGACAACAUGGAGUGUGACAGGGCUCUGCGUCUCAUCAAGGUGGACGCAAUGCCUUCCGGUGUCCAUCUCGUGAAAUGCAGUUGGUUAAGUUCAUGUAUCAGUGAGAAACAACUCUUGAAUGAAUCAAGCUACAGUCUUAUAACAAAGAGGGAUUUGGAAACUCAACAAGACUUGCUGAACACCAAAUCUGCAACUGAGGUGACUCCCAAGCCAGAAUGUGAUCAAAGCAAGUUAGGGGAGACAUCAGACAUGAUUGCAUCAGGCAAAACAGAAGCGCAAGGAGAAGAUGAGGGAGUCAGUCAGAGCCACCUUGAAGCUCUCAUCACAGGCCAGCGCCCCAAAGAAGAAGCCACUGGGCUCAACCUUGAGCCUGGUGGAGACACUGUCAUUCGUCCGGUGGUCUCGGGGAAGUGGGUCUGCGCACAAUCUUCUCAAUCCAAAAGUGAUAACUUCAACAAACACAUCACCGACAAACUAGAACUACUGGCCAAGGCUUAUACACACCAGGGGGACAAGUGGAGGGCAUUGGGGUACUCCAAAGCUGUCAAUGCAUUGAAGAGCUAUCACAAGCCAGUUACGUCAUAUCAGGAGGCAUGUCUCAUCCCGGGAAUUGGCAAACGCAUGGCGGACAAAAUUGAUGAGAUCAUGGAAAGUGGUCAUCUGCGCAAGCUAGAUCACAUUGGAGAGGCGGUGCCAGUAUUGGAGCUUUUCACCAACAUUUGGGGUGCGGGAGCAAAGACAGCACAGCUUUGGUACCAACAGGGAUUCCGCACUUUGGAGGACAUCCGCACAAAAGCCCACUUGAGCAGCUCUCAGAAAAUAGGGCUCAAGCACUAUGAUGACUUUCAAGACAGAAUGCCCAGGGAAGAAGCUGCAGCCAUUGAGGAAGUGGUGACGCGUGCUGCCAAAGCAAUAGAUUCUGGCUUGGUGGCAAUGGCAUGUGGCUCGUAUCGCAGGGGAAAGAGAACAUGUGGAGAUGUUGAUGUGCUUAUUUCACAUCCUAACGGAAAAUCCCACAAAGGUGUAUUCAGCAAAGUGCUCCAGAGCCUCCAUGACACUGGCUUUUUGACAGACGAUCUCGUGAGUCACGAGGAGAAUGGAGAGCAGAAGAAAUACAUGGGCGUAUGCCGCCUGCCAGGAGCAGACCGCCGCCAUCGCAGGCUGGAUGUCAUUGUGGUGCCUUACAAUGAGUUUGCCUGUGCGCUGAUGUACUUUACCGGCUCGGCACACUUCAACCGCUCCUUGCGGGCUCUAGCAAAGACAAAGAACAUGAGCUUGUCAGAGCAUUCGCUUAAUCAAAGUGUGGUGCGUCAAGGUAGUGCUAAGGUGUAUGCUGGCACUCCCCUACCUACACCUACCGAGAGUGACGUUUUUAAACUUUUGGGUAUACCAUACAGAGAGCCUUGUGAAAGGGACUGGUGACAGUUUGCAAUCGCCAUGCUUUGUUCUAUUAGAAUUAAGCCAUCCAUCCAUCCAUUUUCCGAUCCGCUUUAUCCUCACAAGGGUGCUGGAGCCUGUCCCAGCUGUCUUCGGGCAGUAGCUGGGGAAUACCCUGAACCGGUUGCCAGCCAAUCGCAGGGCACACACAGACGAACAACCAUCUGCGCUCACACUCACACCUAGGGACAAUUUUGGAGUGUUCAGUCAGUCAGCCUGCCGUGCGUGUAUUUGGAAUGAGAAAACCGGAGUACCCGGAAAAAAACACGCAUGCACGGGGAGAACAUGCUAACUCCACACAAGGAAGGCCGGAGCCGUAAUCGAACUCUACACCUCUGCACAGUGAAUCCGACGCGCUAACCUGUCGACCACUGGGCACUUCACAUACAAUUUAGGACAGGUAAAAUUUAUUUAGACCUGAUUGACUUGAACGUUGAUUUUAUUCGACAGUUCAAAGGAAGCGCCCCCUUUGAAACAUUUCUUGAACUACAUGCACUAUACAAGAAUGCACAAAUGUUAAAUACUAGAUUCACAAGCUCAAUAUUUAAUAACUUGAUGAACAUGCAAAUAAAAUUUUGCUUGUAUACACACUAUUUCUGUGAGAUAAUACAAUAAAAUAUCGAGCGUUUUGCUGUCACUUAAAAUGAAACAACUGAUCAUGAAAGCUGUCACUAAUAAAAUGUAUUCAACAAUUAGGCAAAUGUUUUCAACUUGAUGUACAUGCAAUAGAAAAUUGGUGAACGGGGUUGCUUGAAUGUCACCGCUGCAUGAAUCCCUACAGACUAUCAACUCUUCAAUCAGGAAACUAAAGGAAACAUUAAAUGUGUGUGUGUUUCUGGUUGAAUAAAGGUGGAUGACUUGCA